UGUACAGGGAAAACUGUAAAAGUAAACAUAAAAUUUCAUAUAAAUCACUAUAUCUAGCCUAUAAUAAUAUAGGAUCAUUAAUGUAAGGGACUGAAUGCCAAAUCAUAUACUAAAACACUGAUAUCAGAGUUACUUCCCUUGGAAAAAUUAGUUUUUGAAACCAAAAGAGGAAGUUAUAUUGUUUGGAAAAAAUAUAUAAUCACCAACUACGUAGACAUUUAAAGUUUAGUUUUCUGUAAAUUUACCAGGAUGUUUCAUACACCAGAUUACUAUCACAAUAUAUCCAUGAGACUGUCUGAGGUCCUGGAUGAUAUUGGAGUAAAUGAAAAUAUUGUAAUGAAGAGGAGGAGGACAGCUUUACUGGGAGAAACUAUGGAUAUAAUCUCAUACAGAGCAAUUGGUGAACAAGGUACUGUUUAUAAUUUAGGCAGUCAAUCAGAAGGCACCACAACAGUAGGACUGCAAUCAGAUACUGACAUAUUUGUCUGUGCAAAUGAUCUGAUUGUGAUACAGGACUGGUCUGAAUGGACUCCAGGUGAACAUAACAUCCUGAUGAUCCAGAAUGAAAAAACACCACCUGGUUAUUGUCUUCUACAGGUACUUAGAGAUGAUGCUCCACUUCCUAUUACAGAUGAAGUAGGUAAUGACUUUGUAAAUGAUACACAAGGAAGGACCUUGAUCAAGAACACAAUAAUUGAUAUUGCACUGCAAGAAGGACGUCGGAGACAAGGACCAUCACAUGCAUCAGCUGCACAACAAGGUCUUCUUGCAAGUGAUAUUGUGUUAGCACAUCCUUGUAAAUCAUGGCCCCAGUCAUCAAGAGCUUGGUUGCACCAGCAAGAAACAAACAAAUGGCCAACAGCAGAAAUGAAGAGAUAUGCAAAAUCAACAAAGUGUUAUGUUGUUGGUGUUGGCAGCACAGCAAGUGAAAAUGUAGCCUUUGAAUGGAGACUUUCUACCUCAUUAGCUGAACGCUGCUUGAUGUUCAAUUUGAAUAUAACUCAGAUAAAAUGUUAUGUCUUAAUGAAAAUGAUUCUUAAAUCAUACAUUAAUGUUGAAAAUGUUGACAAUGAAAGUUACAUUUCAAGUUUCAUGUGUAAAACUGUUUUAUUUCACUGUAUAGCAAGUAAACCUUCAUGUGUAUGGAAGGAGUGUAAUAUAUUAAAUUGUUUAAAUUACUGUCUAUUUACACUGAACAAUUGUUUAUUAAAUGAACACUGUCCCCACUUCAUUGUUCAUGAAAACAAUUUAAUGGCAGGAAAAUUUUCUGCAGAAGUCAAACAGCAGUUACUUGAAAGAAUGUCAACUUUGAUACCAUUUGAUGACAUUUCUCUUUUUGGAAUUCAAAUUGACAACCUUGGUGAAAGACUUCAGAUUAAGCUCAAUAUGAUAAAUGAAGUACAUCAUGAUAUACCACAGCCAGAUGAGUGCACAAUGGAUGUAACAAGUAAUUUAUUAGAAUAUACAGCUACAACUGUUUUAUACAUAGAGAAGAUAGGAGAUGGAAGUUUAGAAACACUAUUACAGAAAGUGAUACAACUAAAAAGAUACUACAGAACUGGUGACAUGUUAGAAAAAACAGCAUGCAAACUUCUAGCACCUCUACUUUGUACAUCAACAGGAUCUCUGAUAGCCUCACAGAACAUUCAAAUUAACAACACAGUUUCUCCUCAAGCACUUACAUGGAUUGAAGCUGGACUGGACUCAGAUGUUGCUUCAAGCAGACUAAAACUUGCAUCUAUAAUGUACUGUGUAGGCAAUGCAGAAAUAGCUGCUUUAAUUCUUUCUCAUAUAGAAGAACAAUAUAAAAUAGAAGUUACCGAGCCUAAAUGUAACUGCUAUGCCUUCUAUAAAUAUGCUAAGAGAGGAUUUGGUCAACUUUCUAGACAAUAUGGUGUAGAGGCUUUAAAAUAUAUUGUUGCAUUUUGUGUAAAAUUUUUCACUUCAGAAAUAAACUGUGUACCACAUGAACUUCAGUAUGAAAUGUUUAGGUCAACACAAGAGGACCUGCUACAUAGAGGUGAAGAUGAUGACUGGAUGGACUGUGCUGUAGUAGACUCACUUCCAUACCUUUACUUUCUACAAUACAAGACAUACAGUUUCCUACAGAGACCUGAGGAACAGCAACAAGCACUGAACAAACUUGGGUUGGUCAUUAGAACAGAGCUCAACCUUGCACACAGAGAAACAGCACUGAAUUUACUAGGACAGUGCAUGGAACAGGAGAACAGACCUGUUGAUGCUCUACAAUGUUACACGUCAUCUUUACACCUCAGAGAAAGAAACAAUGCUGCUAGAUUUCAUAUAUGCAGGUGUUUGGCUAAUACAAUCUCAUAAAGAUCUACCUACCUGAACUGACUGGACAUUCUGAUUUUCAACUGACACAAUGACAGAAUUAUGUCAUAUUUUAAAAAAGCUCUAAUUCUUGCUAUGAGCUAGUGAGCUUGUUAUGAACUUAUGAGCCAAGGACCCCACUGGAAAUUAGUUGGAAAAUUCAAUUGGUUAUCAUGUGGUGUAUAUAUGUCUCUAAAUUUAUAUACGUGAAGACAUGUUGGGUUUUUUCUUAUUUUGUUUUUUUAAUCGAUUAAGAGAUGUAACAUGUAGCUAUUUCUGUGAUACAAUUGAAUGUUUGCUUGUAUUGGAGUUGUUCUUAAUGUGAUAUGUGUAAUGUUUGUAAUCAUGACAUAUAUAUUCACGAAUAAAUCUAUCUAUCUAUC